GAAGAUCAUUAUUUGAGUAACCGGUGUGCGGAACAGAAGACUGUUCUCGACUACAGCAUAUUAAACGUGAUUCAAGAAUCAAAUUAUUCAUCAUUGGUAUCACAAAAAGAGUGUAUUUCAUCAUUUGUUGAAAUUAAAGUGUGCAUCCACAUAAAGUUGAAGAUUUUUUUGUGUGAACUUGGUCAAGGAGUGUCGUCGAAUAUUAAUACACCUAAAAUUUCAUCUUUUCCUAACCUCAAUCUUGGCGGUAAGGUCUACCUGCGUUUUUACCCCAGUCAGAGGUGAAAGGAAGCAUUUUUAACAUAAUGGCCCGCGGAAAAGAAAAACGUGAACUGGCUAGUAAUGAUAAGGCGCCACCAGCGAAAAUAAUACGUACAUCUCACAAAUUUGAAUUAGCUUUACCAACACUACCCAAAUUGAGUGGUAAUGUACUCUCCUGCGGACAAGGUGAAGUCGGCCAGCUUGGGCUUGGUGAGGAUAUCAUGGAAAAGACACGACCUGCUUUAGUCGACGGCAUGAAGAACGUCGUAGAUAUUUCCGCUGGUGGCAUGCACAAUCUCUGCUUGACGCGGAAAGGUGAGGUGUAUUCAUUCGGCUGCAAUGAUGAGGGAGCCCUAGGUCGCGUCACAGCCGAUGACGAUGGAGCGGAAUUUCAACCACGAAAAAUCGAACUACCAGCACCAUGCCUGAAGAUAUCAGCCGGUGAUUCUCACUCUGCCUGCUUACUAGACGAUGGACGCGUUUACGCUUGGGGCUCGUUUCGGGAUUCACACGGAAACAUGGGUUUAACGUUGGAAGGAAACAAACGGCUUCCGAUCGAAGUUAUUCCAGGAGUAAAGUCAGUCGAUAUUGCAUCCGGUGGAGAUCAUUUGGUAAUUCUGACAGAACACGGUCAUGUGUACACAGUUGGCUGCGCCGAGCAAGGUCAGCUGGGUCGAAUUUCUACUCGAGCAGCUUCCGGUGAGUCCAGGCGUGGCAAAAACGAUCUACUAAAGCCUGGCAUUGUUACUCUGAAAGGAAAGUUCGUGCUAGCGGAUGCCAUUUGGGCUUCAACAUAUUGCACUUUUUUCAAAGAUAGAAAUACCUCGAAAAUUUUCGCUUUCGGAUUGAAUAACUAUUGUCAACUUGGAAUUCCGAAUCCAAGCGAAAACGUUGUCAAACCAGUAUUCGUUCCACACCUAACAAGUUUUACUGACGUUAAAAGCAUCUCUGGAGGACAGCAUCAUACGUUAGUUCUCAAAAACGACAACAAAGUUUACGUCAUUGGGCGUAAAGAAUAUGGACGGCUUGGUUUGGGUGACGUGAGCACCGAUGCCAACACACUGGCCCUGGUUGACACGCUAGUCGAUAAAAGCGUCGUUGAAAUUUCCUGCGGUGAAAGUACGUCAUUUGCCGUAACAGAUAGCGGGGACGUUUACGCUUGGGGCAUGGGCUCGAAUCAACAGUUGGGAACCGGAAAUGAGGAUGAUGAGCACAAACCGGUAGCGAUUGUUAGCAAGCAAUUGCAGGGCAAAAAAGUACUUAAAGUAUCCAGUGGAGGCCAACACAGUUUGUUUCUGGUAGAGGAGAAACCAUCCAAGGAUUCGACUCCAGUGCCAGAAGCGAAGCCGGCCAAAUUGAAAACAGCGAAGGCGUCCGAAGCAGAUCCACCCGCUGCAUCCACUCCCUCGGAAAGCAAGCCCGUUUCGGUAGCUAGUCCUGGGAAACCGAAAACCAACGGAACAUCGACAAAGGAACACAUUAACGGCAAUGAGAAUGCGGCUGAUGGUGAUAUGGAAGGAGUUAGCAGCAGUACGCAUGAAACUUCCGAAAAACCGGAGAAAAAACCGGCUGCCAGAGGACGAAAGCGAAAGCUGUAAUGCGCAAAAUGACGCAAAAAAAAGUAUUUAAAAGUAAAUAUUUUAAUUUAGCUAGUUGAAGAAGUUACACUUAUGACUAAGUGCGUUGUAAAACUAAAAAAAAAACAUUUUCCUGUUUCAUUGCAUUGUUUAUGGACAACAAUUGUUGAAUACUCUUUUCAUUCGGUUGAUAAUCCUUGUUUCUAUUUAUGUAAUUAUUUCUUUCCUUAUGUUCUUUACUUGUUAGUACUAUGAAAUUGUAGCAAAGGUACACAUUUUUGAGUUGAAACCUUGUUAUUGGUAAAUGUUCUAGAUCGAAUAAAAAACGCGAAAUGAAAAUUGAAUUGACGAAACAGCCAUAAACGUUAAAUGUCGUCUAUGCAUGAUUUAAAAUGUAUUUUCGAGCUAGAAAAAAAUAAAAUGUUGGAACAAUUAUUUCUUUCCUUAUGUUCUUUACUUGUUAGUACUAUGAAAUUGUAGCAAAGGUACACAUUUUUGAGUUGAAACCUUGUUAUUGGUAAAUGUUCUAGAUCGAAUAAAAAACGCGAAAUGAAAAUUGAAUUGACGAAACAGCCAUAAACGUUAAAUGUCGUCUAUGCAUGAUUUAAAAUGUAUUUUCGAGCUAGAAAAAAAUAAAAUGUUGGAACAAUCUAUUGGAACAAUUAUUUCUUUCCUUAUGUUCUUUACUUGUUAGUACCAUGAAAUUGUAGCAAAGGUACACAUUUUUGAGUUGAAACCUUGUUAUUGGUAAAUGUUCUAGAUCGAAUAAAAAACGCGAAAUGAAAAUUGAAUUGACGAAACAGCCAUAAACGUUAAAUGUCGUCUAUGCAUGAUUUAAAAUGUAUUUUCGAGCUAGAAAAAAAUAAAAUGUUGGAACAAUCUA